AUGAAUAAUCCACAACUUUAUAGACAUGAAUAAAACAAUUCCAUGUCAGAAUCGAUACUAAACACCUUAAGAAAAUAUUGUGAGCUUUCUUUAGAAUAAAGGAAAGAUCUAGAAUGUUUUACUCAAAUCCAACAUUUCAUAAAUAAGUAAGAGGAUUAUCAGGAUACUGAUUCCUCUAAUGCUUCUAGUGCUUCUGAGACUUCAAAUACUGUUUAAAUAGAAGGAAGUGAACAACAAUAAAUAUGCAUAAAAAUGUUUGAUAUAAUAAGAUAAAUGAAAAGAGCAGUAAAAUAGUCUUAAAAAUUAUGUUCAACCAAGAUCAAAAAAUUAAAUAAAGUAAUUGAAAAGAGAAAUAAAGAAAUUAAUAUGAUUAAAAUUAGACUUGGUCUGUUAUGA